AUGUCCUGCCCACCACAAUCGCCACGGCCUGAAGAGACUGAGUCGAGUGACUAUGGAUCAGACUUCACACCUGAUGAAGAGCAGCUGUUAGAUGACUUAUUCUCGAAAGCGGUCGCAGAACACGCGACGCAACGCGACCCUCGCGCCUCCACCCCCUCGUCAGCUCGCAUCCUGCACGGGGAAUCUGCGACACUAAUUGAUGCCACGCUCGCAAAUCUAGACAAUUUGCAGCCCACGACGAUAGCGGCAAUUGCAGCGGAUAUUGAAGAUGCUCUCACGAGCCCGGGGGCUCGCCUUCCAAGGGUCCUGGGCCGGGAGAAGCCUGGCUCUCCGUGGAGGCGCUCUAGCCAGCAGUACUGGUCUAGGCCGACAAGUCCAAGAAAUCCCACGGUGGAGGUCUCAAGCCAGAGAUCAAUCAACAGGGCCUCGCCUACUGUAGAAAGUCCCGGAUCACUUGAAGGGAGGCAACGCGAACGUGAACGCAGCGUAGCACGCGAGCUCGAGCGGAUCAAAGAUUCCCAGGUCGCACCUACGGCGGAUUCGCGUACACCUGUGGAGCGAUUUCGACGACCACCCAACAAGGCAUUCUCAGUGACCGAUCUUGUCUCUCCGGCUUGGUGCGAGUUGCAGUACUGGUACACAUUGACCAAGCACGGGCGGAAGAGGAGGACACCGGCUAUGAAGAAAGGCAGCGUCGUACACAAGACUCUUGAAGAUGAGAUCUACACGACCGUGCCUGUCGAACUCAAAACGAAAGAGGAUGCCUGGGGGUUACGGAUAUGGAACGUGAUACAGGGUCUGAGGAUGCUGCGUGAAUAUGGCAUUACUCGAGAGCUAGAGGUCUGGGGUAUGGUCGAUGGCGAGCUAGUCAACGGCGUCAUUGACCAGCUGUCCUAUGAAUGCCCCGAUUCCGAGCUCGAGGCCACCGCUGCCGGCUUCUACGAGGACACGGAAAAGUCCCGCGCGGCGUUGCCUGAAUAUCAAAUGUCACUAUCUGACUUUUUGCUUUCGUCAUCUCAAGGCGGGAAGCGCAUGUCUGAUCUCGCACACCAAAAUGAUGAGCCAGCGGAAUUGCCGUCCUCGAAAAUCAGCUCCGCCUCCGUCUAUUCAUUGCCGCGGGUAUACAUGACAGAUGUGAAAACAAAAGCCAAUCCGUCGAUUCCGACUGUGAAAAGCACGUCCUUUCGACCGACCUUACUUCAACUUCAGCUUUAUUACCACAUGCUCAACCGUCUGACCACGAGUGAUGAUGUUACUAUGGAACUACUCGCUGAGCGGUAUAAUCUCGAUCCAGAAAAGCCAUUCACCGAUACAUUUAUUUCCGAAGUCGGUGGCCUGAACGAUCAGUUUUUCGAUACCCUCUCGUCUCAGGAACUUGAGGCGGAGAAUGCUCCCACCACCGAGGACCCGGCGCAAGUAUCACCUGCAUCUGGUCCCUCCCUCAAAUCUCCAAAUGCCAGCCAGGAUUCCACCAGCAUACUCCUGAACCAUGGUACCCUCAGCCUUUUGUGGGCUCACAUGAAAGAACAACUGCGAUUCACCUUCAUCCCAACAUUUGCCGAGCAUGAAGAGCCUGUUGCACCUUCAAUACCAUCUUUGGAGCAACCAGAGUUGCUUCAAGACUAUCCGACUCUCCUUUCCCCCGUCCUUACAGCACGGUUCCUAUCGUCAGUGCCGACAGCCGGGCUCGAAUCACGCCUCUUAGGAAGCAGGUGCUUCCUCUUUGACCCGCAAAGCAUGUCAUCGUACUUGAUCGACCAGAUGGAGUGGUGGCGCGGCCAGCGCAGCCCACAGGGCGUUGGAAUUGUAGAUGCGUGGAAAUGCCGAAUCUGCGAGUUCCGAGAUGAGUGUUCGUGGAGGCAGGAACGUGAACUGGACUAUGCCAAUCGGAAUCGCAGACGAAGGACCAGUUCCUUGGCCGACGUGUGA